CUGACGUGCACAUCCCUCAUCAAAAUUAGUACCAAUAAUUUUGCCGACACCUGCAAUCAUACCGUCAGACUUGUCUAUCUUCCCCUCCUCCAUUGGCCGACAAAGCUUUCACACGGCUCUUUUUUCACUUCUCAGAAGAUUUUCAGACGGGGUUUCCUCCAUCAACACAAAGGAUUCCAACUGGUUUCCUCCAUGUCGAUCUUCUGGUUGCUUCUCAUAUUCUGCUCUUCCGGGGGCCUCACCGACGCAAAAUGCAAAUUUCCGGCCAUCUUCAACUUCGGCGACUCGAAUUCUGAUACCGGCGGUUUCUGGGCAGCGUUUCCGGCGCAGCACGGCCCAUUCGGCAUGACCUAUUUCAAGAAACCGGCCGGCCGAGCCUCCGAUGGGAGAGUCGUCGUCGACUUCUUAGCUCAAGCUCUGGGUCUGCCAUUUCUUAGCCCAUAUCUGAACUCUAUCGGGUCAGACUUCAGGCAUGGUGCCAACUUUGCAACGUUGGCUUCCACAGUGCUGCUGCCUAACACCUCGCUCUUUGUCACCGGAAUCAGCCCUUUUUCUUUGGGCAUUCAGCUCAAUCAGAUCAAAGAUCUCAAGGCGAAAGUACUUGAGCCAAAACCUUAUGGGAAUCUUCCUCCUCCUAACAUCUUCAGCGAGGCACUAUACACCAUAGACAUUGGCCAGAAUGACUUCACCUCCAACCUAAAAGCCAUCGGAAUUGAAGGGGUUAAGCAAUAUCUUCCUCAGGUGUCCUCGCAGAUCGCUUGGACAAUAAAGGAGUUAUAUGACAUGGGAGGGCGCACCUUCAUGGUAUUCAACCUGGCCCCGGUCGGCUGCUUUCCGGCAUUCCUCACGGAGCUCCCUCAUAAUAGCUCGGACUUGGAUGAGUAUGGAUGCAUGAUUUCAUACAACAAUGCUGUGGUGGACUACAACAUUAUGUUGAAUGAGACUCUCCAUCAAGUCCUAAACAUGCUCCAAGAUGCUUCCAUGAUAUAUGUGGAUACUCAUUCCGUCAAGCUUGAGCUUUUUCGGCAUCCUAAAGACCAUGGCCUUUUAUAUGGAACUAAAGCCUGUUGUGGGCAUGGAGGUGGUGCCUAUAACUUUGACCCAGAAGUUUUUUGUGGAAACAGCAAGGUGAUCAAUGGCAUCAAUAUAACUGCAACUGCAUGUGAAGAUCCACAAAAUUAUGUGAGCUGGGAUGGAAUUCAUGCCACGGAAUCUGCAAACAAACUUAUAACAUCGGCUGUGCUGAGUGACUCUUACUCGCAUCCUCCCUUCCCUCUUUCCAGGCUUUGUGACUUGCACCCCAUUGGAUGAUCAACACAUGCCAUGCUCAAAAUUUAGGUAAAUAAUCCACCAAAGUUAAGUUGUGGUUGGUGGCAGGCACAUUACUACCAAAUCGCUGAAAAGAGAUGUUGAGGGGGGAAUAAAUGAGUUGUGGUCGAGUGAAUUGCAAGACUCCCCUAAUUCCAUAAAAUAUUAGGGGAGAUAAAAAUUAAUAGAAAAACCAUCAUUAUAGUUGAAGUGUAUCAAAGCCAAGCAAAGUCUAAUGCCCAGUUUCAUCAAAA